UUAUCCAUACAAUCAUAUCAUCUUUCAGUGCUACAACCAUUGACAUUUUAACAAUUAGAAGAGUUCUUUUUGAAUUGUUUAAAUAAGGAAUCUUAUAAUCUUUUAUCCAUACAAACACAUCACCUUCCAUUGCUACAACGGUUGACCUUUUAACAGACACUUUAAGCCUUUGAAUUGUUUCACAUAAGCUUUCCCAAGCAAAGAUUUGAUUCUAUCAAGCAUACCAUCAAUGGCGUCUUCCUCAACUUUACCCAUUCAUGGGAGCUCUAAAUAUGAUAUAUUUUUGAGUUUCAGAGGAAAAGACACUCGUAAGAACUUUGUUGAUCAUCUUUAUCAUGCUCUUCAACGGCAAGGCAUUUACACUUACAAGGAAGACAAGAAAAUCAUGAAAGGGAAAAGGAUCAGUGACGAGCUCAUCAGAUCCAUUGAAGACUCAAAAUUCUACCUCAUUGUUUUCUCCAGGAACUAUGCGUCUUCGUCUUGGUGCCUGGAUGAGCUUGUGAAGAUAAUGGAGUGUCACAAUGACAAGACCACAGAGCAUACUGCUUACCCCGUCUUCUAUGAUGUCACACCCACCGAUGUCCGCCACCAACGUGGGGAUGUUAGAAAAGCCUUUGCCAAACAUAAAAAUAAAGAGACUGCUGGAAAAUGGAGGGAGGCUCUGAAAGAAGCAGCCGAUCUGGCUGGUUGGGAGUUGAAAAACACUGCUGAUGGGCAUGAAGCUAAAUUCAUCCAAGAAAUUGUCGAACAAGUAUCACUAGAGUUAUGUUCCAUCAAUUGCAAUUUUGACGAAAAAUUGGUGGGCAUGGAGAUGCGGGUAAAUGAUCUUGUAUCAUCUUUAGAAAUUGGUAUUGAUGAUGUUCGCAUGAUAGGGAUCAAGGGGAUGGGAGGUGGUGGGAAGACAACUUUGGCCAGAUCUGUUUUUGAUGGAAUAUCCUUUCAGUUCGAAGGUGCAAGCUUUGUUGAGAAUGUUAGGGAAACCUCAAGCACUUCUUUGUCAGGUUUGAAGUCGUUGCAAUGUCAAAUCGUUUCGGAUGUAUCAGAUGAUAAAGACAUCAGCAUAAGAGGUGUUCAUGAAGGGAAAAGCAUGAUGAAGAGGAGGAUGCGUGGCAGGAAGGUUCUUAUUGUUCUAGAUGAUGUAAGCCAUAUUAACCAGCUUGAGGCGUUAGCCGGUGAGUGUAGUUGGUUUAAGCCAGGAAGUAGAAUUAUUAUUACAACAAGAGAUGAGAAAGUAUUGUUAGCACACAAAGUGACGUUGAUUCGUGAUGUCAAUUUGUUAUCGAAUAAGGAAGCAAUUUGCCUCUUCAGUAGGUAUGCAUUUGGGAGCGAGAUUCCAAUUAAAGAUUACGGAGAGCUAUCAGAAAAAGUUUUACGUUAUGCUGCUGGUCUUCCCUUAACAAUCAAAGUUUUGGGUUCUAAUCUAUGUGGUGAAGAUAAGCCCAUAUGGAAAGAUGCCUUGGAAAGACUAAAAUCAAUUCCGCUAAGCGAAACUAUGAAAAUAUUGGAAUUAAGCUAUACCGUUCUAGAGGAUGAUCACAAGGAAAUAUUCCUAGAUGUUGCAUGCAUAAUGAAAGGUUGGUCGAAAGACAAAGCAAUCCAAGCACUUGAAAGCUGUGGAUUUCAUGCUAUAAGUGGUUUAAGAGUUCUUCAGCAAAAAUCACUCAUAACUAUUGAUGCCCGUGGGGACCAGGAGUAUGUGCGCAUGCAUGACCAUAUUGAAGAAAUGGGCAGGAAUAUUGUUCGUCGUUCACACCCAAACAUGCCUGAGAAACAUAGCCGAUGGUGGAAGAAUGACGAAAUUGAACAUAUAUUGGCUAAUGACUUGAGUACUGAAGAAACAAGAUGCGUACACUUCCACAUUCAAAAACUUGAUCCAUAUAUUCUUAUAAAGUGUUUUGGAAAGAUGAAGGCACUUAGAUUUCUUUCGAUUGUUAUGAAAGAUUGUUCCAGGAACCUUGAACUCAAUACAUUUAUCCCAAGCUUUCCAGAUGCUUUACAAUAUCUUCGCUGGACCAAUUACCCUUUUAGGUGUUUCCCCAAAACAUGUCAAGCAAAUAAUCUUGUUACACUGGAGAUGCCUGAAAGCAAAAUUGUACAACUUUGGGAAGGGGGAGAAAGAAAGCUUCUUGACAAGCUUAGAUUCCUUGAUCUCAGUUAUUCAAAGUUGAAGACCCUUGACCUUGAUCUAACACCAAAUCUCGAGACGUUGAAUCUUGGAAAUUGUUGUGAUUUGGUAGAACUUACAGAUGCUAUCUCGAUGAUGGAACAUCUGAAAUCUCUCAAAGUUAAUGGUUGUUUGUUGCUUGAGAAGUUACCUGAUGAUCUUUGCCGAUUAGGAUGUUUAGAGAAGCUAAAUUUGUCAUCUACAAAUAUUAAACAUCUUCCGGAUAACAUUUUCAUGCUGAAAAAUCUAAAACAUCUUAAACUUGAUGAAUGCAAGUUGCUUGAGAAGUUACCCGAGGAUAUUGGUGAAGUAAAAUGUUUAAAAAAGCUGAGUUUGUCAUCUACAAAGAUCAAGCGUCUUCCGGAUAGCAUUUGUAUGUUGAAACAUCUGAGAAAGCUCAAACUAGAUGAUUGUGAGUCACUUGAGAAGUUACCCGAGGAUAUUGGCGAAUUAAAAUGCUUAGAGUGUCUAGAUUUGUCAUGUACAAAGAUUAAACAUCUUCCGGAUAGCAUUUGUUCGUUGAAACAUUUAAGAGAUCUCAAACUAUAUUAUUGUGAGUCACUUGAGAAGUUACCUGAGGAUAUUGGCAAAUUAAAAUGUUUAGAGUUUCUAGAUUUGUCAUUUACAGAGAUUACACAUCUUCCAGAUAGCUUGUGUAAGUUGAAAUAUCUGUCUGAUCUCAUACUUAAUUGUUGUUUUUCACUUGAGAAGUUACCCGAGGAUCUUGGAGAAUUAGAAUAUCUACGAGAGUUGCAUAUAAAAGGUAUAUGCAUAGAUCUUCCACAGAGCAUUCAUUUAUUGAAUGGUCUGUGUAUCUAUGGCUCAAGAUGGCUUCUUGAGUCUUUUGAUUUUUCAUCUGAGAUACAACCCCUCGAAGACGAAGAAAACUUCAAAGGCCAAGACCAAUAUUACAAAAUGUUAUGCUAUGUAGAGGUGUGAAUAACACACGCACCCACAGCAGGAGUCUAUUCAUGGGAUGAUUUUGAAAAACCUCCGAAGGACUGGAUAAGCCGGUUCACAUUUGCCAACUACUUUUUUAGAACCAUUACAGUUUUCCCUACUUAUAAAGUCACGUUUCAUUUAUGAUCCAAUAAAGUCACGUCACCAAAAUUGAGAAGGCAUAAUUGACAUACUAUCUUUAUGCCUAUUAAAAGAAGUGAUGGAAAAAUCACAGGUUUUGACUGGAUAUUAAACAGAUAUCGAAGUAGACGGAUAUAGGACAAACUGAAGAUUCAAGUUAUUAGUUACUACAAGUUAAUUCAUGGUGUUUAGCUGGCACAUUUGACUUUUCCAGAAAGUCAAACUGUGUUCUUGAUAAAAGUAGUUGAAAUUUGAUAUUAAUUUGUAGAUGACAUGUUACAAAUAAAUACAGUAAUGUUUUAUAAGUGAUGUAAGAUCAUAAGAAUGUUUUGGUUUGUACAAUUAUGUUCCAAACUGAGAUGAAUUAAUUGCACAAAAA